AAAUUACCCAUAGCAAUGGAAAAAAAUUACUUCAUGGUGGCAAGAUCCAAUGGCCAUUGGAGCAGUACCUAUAAUACCGUCUCUAUACCUUCAUGCAGUGGAUAUUCUCACACAUACUCCGUAGAGUUUCUGGUCUUCCAUCGUCUUCUGUUUCACUCUGAAGACAGAGAUUCGGUUCGUUGCGUUGAGCUUUUGAUAGAUUAUUUCCCAGGGCUUCUUAUGGAGAUGGCACCGAAUGACACUUUGCAGAACUCGACUAGUUCUUCAAAUGAUGUGGAUCAUCAUCAUGAUAAUACGGUUCCAGAUGUCUUGAAUCAUGGUGGCACUGCAAAAGAGCAUGAGGUUGGUGAGGAAGAAAUUAGAGGCAUACUGGAGGUUAUUGCAUCCUGUGGGAAAUUCUGGCAUGAUUGGGACAAGUUAAAGAGCAUCCUAUCCUUUCAGCUGAAGCAGGUCCUGUCAGAGUAUCCUGAGGCAAAGAUGACAAAAGAGGAGCAAAUUACUUCUUUAGGAGAAACCUUUUCAGAGCUGGUGAAAAGAUUGGAUGAAGCUCUUCAUAAUUUUGUUGAAGGUCCCCCAUUUACACUUCAAAGGUUAUGCGAGAUCCUCCUGGAUGCACAAGGCAUUUAUCCGAAUCUUUCAAAGCUUGCUUUAGCACUUGAAAAGAAUCUGUUGGUAACUUCGAUGCUGAGCAUUUCUACUGAUCCAUAUCCACCAUCAACGAUCCAACAAUUGAAUGAACCAGUCAGAGCAAAUGAAGAACCACAGCUGCAUUCUAAUUCUGUGCAGAAUGGGGUAGAAUCUAUGGUAAGUGACAGGGAUGAAGAAAUGACAGAGGUAGGGGAGGCUGAUAUUAACGAUGAUAUGACCAUUGACAUGGAAGCUUUUGAAGAUAUAGUUGGAUCUGGAUCGUCAGAAUCAGAUACGGUACCAACCAAUAAUUCCUAGGCCUCCAGCAAUUUAGAAAAAGCAUAUUACCUCACCUCUACAGAGCUCUUAUGGGGUGCGAUGUGGAAGACCUGAUUUCGACUGGCAAUGUGAUUGGUCCCUUGACAUGCGAUCGUGGGUCUUGGUAAACCAUCAAAGUAAGGAGUGAUGAAAAGGUUUCAUAGAAUCACAAUGAUUCCUAUAUGUGUUAGUAUUUUUGCAUUUUGUUCAUACAAUCACUACUAUUUGAUCGAGGAACAAUUGGCUUGUGAGCAUUUUUGCAUUUUUACUGCUGUAGCAAUUUUUCACAAAACCAUUUACCUAGUUUCGUUGAAUGAAGAUGCAAGAAUAUAUAAAAGGUACAUAGUUUGUGAA